ACCGUGGGCCUUCCCUCUGCCAUCAGUUACCGCCGGCCCCAAUCAGGACACAGGCGAUUUUGCAAUCUUGGCCACUAUUUAUGUGCUGUUGGAGUUUAAACUUUGCCACUCGGGUCAGGGCAUCGCAGGGGAGGAGGUGGCCAGGCUGGGCGUCCCGAACACCGAAGGAGUUGAGAGCCAAGGACGGAUCUGCGGGCUCCCCGCUGGAGCUGGGAUCUCAUACAGCCAUGGCCUCUACUGUGGGUGGCCUUGACAGCAUCGACCUGCUGGACCUCCUCUUUGAUCGCCAGGAUGGAAUCCUCCGUGGUGUGGAGCUGGGAACGACAUCCCCGGGCACCUGGCAUGAGGAUGGGCGUGCCCAGGAUGGCGAGGACUUCCUUAGCUCCAUUCUGGGCUCUGGGGACUCCAUAUCAGACUCGCCCAGCUGGUCCCCGGGUGUCAGCGACAGUGGAGUCUCCGAGGACCCCCCCUCUGAUCAACUCGACAGCCCCCCCGGGUGCUGUGACGGAGGGCUCAGCGAGGCCCCAUACGCCUUUACCAACUCCUGCCAGGUUCUGACGCACCCUGGGGGCACCGGAGCCCCCCACCCUGAGGUCUCCAUUGACCUGGAUAUGUGGAACCCUGGCUUCUUCCUGGAGGAGGGCCGGGGUCUGUCGACAGUCCCUGUGCCUGCGUCCUGUACCCUCACUGUCAAGGAUCUGCUGCUCUCGGGCAGCUCUGAUGCUCAGCUGCAGAUGCCCAGCUCCCUACUAAGGCAGGGCCAGGGGCAGUUCCAGGAGCUCGUGCUGACAGAGGAUGAGAAGAAGCUGCUGGCAAAGGAGGGGGUAUCCCUGCCCACGCAGCUGCCCCUCACCAAGUAUGAGGAGCGGGUGCUGAAGAAGAUCCGGAGGAAGAUCAGAAACAAACAGUCAGCUCAGGAGAGCCGCAAGAAGAAGAAAGAGUAUAUCGAUGGGCUGGAGAGUCGGAUGUCAGCAUGCACGGCUCAAAACCAGGAGCUGCAGAGGAAAGUCCUGCACCUAGAGAAGCAGAACUCCUCUCUCUUGGAGCAGCUGAAGAAGCUCCAGGCCCUGGUGGUGCAGUCGAGCAACAAAGCAGCACAGACAGGAACCUGCAUUGCGGUCCUGCUGCUCUCCUUCGCGCUCAUUGUCUUCCCUUCCAUCAGCCCUUUCGCCGCUAGCAAGGCUGAGACAGGUGGUGACUUCGGACCAGUGCGAGUUUUCUCCAGGUCCCUGCAUAACACAGCUGCCUCCCGUGUGGCUUACGCACAGCCCCGAGCUGGGGAUGAGAAGCCCCCAGAACCACUGUGGUCAAAGCACCAGGAUGAAACUGAGACACUGCACAAAGCCUUUGGUAGCAGCUCCUUCACUCCACACCUCGAUAAAGCCCCCACCCGAAACAGCACACCACCACUUGCCUCAGAAGGGCUGAGCCAGAGUGAUGGGGACCAAUCUGGCACUGCAUUGGGGGACAGCACUGCACUGCACCAAAGCCUGACGUCGCUCGCUUGGACCGAAGCUGACCACAGCAGGCCCACAGUGCUGGAGCCAGCUGAGGAGCUUUAAGCAGCAUCCAGGGACUGCAGGGGACACAGUGGGGAUCAGCACCCCAAUACCUAUAGGACAGACCCUUGGGGUCCCUCUCCAGGCAUGGACAGAUGCUAGAGACCAACUUGGCUUUGCUUCUAUCUGCGAACUGGGAAGAGGAGACUAGUUCCUCUUGGCCUUACCAGGAGGGAAGGAAGGGGCUGCCCCUGCCUGCUGGGUACAGCAGGAAUUGGGGAAGGGACGUGGGUUUGGUCAAGAUGGGGAUGGGGGUUCCAGAGGAGGCCUCGUCUGGCUGGAUGUUGACAUUGCAGCUUGGUGGUUUUGUUCUCUCUCUCUUUUAUAAAACAAACAAACAAACAAAGUUCAUUUUCAUCUCUAAAUAAAAAAGUAUUUUGGAAAAAAAAGAAAAAAAAUAAAAUAAAACAAUCACCUGC